AUGGUGAAGAACAACAAACCCAUCCAGGUGGUGUCUGCAUGUGACCUGGAGCUGUACGCCUUCCCUUUCGAUAAGCAGAACUGCACUCUGACCUUCCGCAGCUGGCUUCACUCAGUGAAUGAGGUGAACCUGACACUGUGGAGGAGUGCGGAGGAGAUCGCAAAUGAUCAGAAGUCAUUUAUGGACGAUGGCGAGUGGGAACUGUUGUCUGUGCCCUCCCGCUACUGGCAUCUCCGCCUGGACGACAGAGACUACGCCCACAUCCAGUUCAAUGUGUUGAUCCGCCGGCGCCCCCUGCUGUACGUGGUGAGUCUGCUCAUCCCCAGCAUCUUCCUCAUGGUGGUGGACGUCAUCAGCUUCUAUCUGCCGCCCAACAGUGGCACCCGGAUCACCUUUAAGACCAGCAUCCUCCUGGGCUACACUGUCUUCAGGGUCAACCUGAUGAACGAGAUGCCUGCCACCGCCAUCAGAACACCACUCAUAGGUGUGUUCUUUGCGGUCUGCAUGGCGCUGCUUGUGCUGAAUUUAUCCAUCUCCAUCUUUGUGGUGAAGCUCCUCCACCACAACGAGAAGGAGGUCAAGGAGAUGUCAGUGUCCGCCUGCCUCCUCGACAAGUACGGCUCGUCCAGCCAGACCUUCCUCGAGAGCAACUUCACCUCUGUCAAAACGCUGGUCGACGUGGAUCAGUGUGGGGGCUAUGAGUUUGACCUGGCUCCAGAGGAGGACCUACUGUCCCUGAGCGAGCUCCAGGAGAGUGCUCCACGGCUGGAGAGGCUGCUCCAGGAGGUGGUGGCCUUGCGGCUCUACCUGCAAGAAGGGGAGAGUGACGAUUUGGCCCAGGCAGACUGGGUGGCCCUCUGCUGCAAGGUGGACAUCCUUCUUUUCCGAGUCUACCUGUUCAUCCUGGUCGUCUACACCAGCACUCUGCUGCUACUUUUAGUCAAGAAACUGAGCAAUAAUACCGGACGCUUUGCCAAUGCCACCUUGGUACGCCUCUCCGAAUACUUGAGUGCUGGGUACAAGAAGGGUGUGCGACCCGUGCGCAACUGGCGAAAUUGCACAAUGGUGGCCAUCGACCUUAUGGUGUACUCUAUCCUCAGUGUGGAUGAGAAGAACCAGGUUCUGACAACAUAUAUAUGGUACAGGCAGGAAUGGACAGACGAAUUCCUGGUAUGGAACCCAGAGGAUUUUGAUGAUGUGAAUCAAAUGUCCAUACCGACUGCGAACGUGUGGGUGCCUGACAUACUAAUCAACGAGUUUGUGGAUGUGGGGAAGUCUCCGGACAUUCCCUAUGUGUACGUGACCCAUUAUGGACUAGUGCGCAACUACAAGCCUAUCCAGGUGGUGACCGCCUGCACUCUCAACAUCUACAACUUCCCAUUCGAUGUCCAGAACUGCAGCCUGACCUUUCAGAGCUGGCUCCAUACCCUUAAUGACAUCGAUCUCAAGCUGAUGAGGAGCGCAGAGGAACUCAAGGUGGACAAGAGUGUCUUCAUGAACCAGGGGGAGUGGGAGCUGCUUCACGUCCUGUCUAAAUACAAGCGCUUCAGUCUGGACAACAUUGACUCCUAUGCAGAGAUGAAGUUCAAUGUGGUGAUCCGACGCAGACCUCUGUUCUACACUGUGAACCUGCUGCUGCCCAGCAUCUUCCUGAUGGUGAUGGACCUGGUGGGCUUCUAUCUCCCUCCGGACAGUGGAGAGAGGGUGUCCUUCAAGAUCACUCUGCUUCUGGGAUACUCCGUCUUCCUCAUCAUCGUCUCUGACACGCUGCCCGCCACCGCCAUCGGGACACCGCUCAUAGGUGUAUACUUUGUAGUGUGCAUGGCCCUGUUGGUGAUCAGCCUGACAGAGACAGUGUUGAUAGUGCGACUGGUGCAUAAGCAGGACCUGCAGCCCCACGUACCCCAGUGGCUCAAACACUUGGUGCUGGAGCGGGCCACAGUCCUCCUCUGCAUCCGCAACAAACACAGCCUGUGCUCCAUGCUGUCCAGGGACUCUGACCAUCUGGGCCACUACAAAGAGAACAACAUCAGCCCAGGACCCCUUGCAGCUCGAUGCAAUCACCACCACCACCUUCACCACACCUGCGAGAGUGGCCGUGGUGGCGGGGACAUCAUGGAGCGGGGUCUGGGGGGCCUGUCUGUGGUGCGUGACAACACGCCGCCCGUCAUGGACAACAUCCUGCAGGAAAUCUCAUCUAUCCGCGGCUUCCUGGAGAAGAGGGACGAGUCCCGGGACAUCGCCAAGGAGUGGCUGCAGGUGGGCUACGUGCUGGACGUCCUGCUCUUCAGGGUCUACCUGGUGGCCAUGCUGGCCUACAGCAUCACCCUGGGGACCCUCUGGUCCGUGUGGCAGUACGCCUGAGGGCCUCACAGUGGAGGAGGGCCUGACGGUGAAGGUGGAGGGCUUCACUGUGGAGAAGGGGACAGAGGGCUAAAGCGUGCCUGAUACCAAAGCGUUUUAUUGAGGUCGAUCUAUUUAGUUGAGCCUCAUGGUGGAGGUAAAGUAGGGGGUCGUUUGAGUCUGGGGUAAUUCUCGGGAGUAGAGGAACGAGGGGGAAGAUGAUAGAUUGGAUGUUGGUAUAGUUUACACUCAUUUCCCUUAGCCAGUUGCCCCUUUCUAACACUAUCUUACUGCUCUGUGUAUUGUUCGGGUCUUGAUUACCUAGGAAAGUCCUAAAGAGCUGUUGAAAAAGUUCAGAUAUUGUAUCCUUUGUCAGCAUACAGGUGUAUUUAUAUUUGUUUAUUUGGAUCCCCAUUAGCUUGUGCAGACACAGCUACUCUUCCGGGAGUCCAGAAAAACAACACAUGACAAGUGACAAAACACUGAUAGACAAGGACAGUCACACACAUUUAAAAUACAACGAAAUACUCACAGUACAACUACAAAAUAAAGUAUGCUACUUGAUAAUGGCACAAUAUUUCAUGCAUUAUUCACUUUUUUUCAAAAAUCAUCUACUAAUGUGUACCAACAGCUGUAUUGAUGUGACGUAAACCAUAUCUUUAUAAUAGUCGACAUGGUACCAUGCACAUAAAAUGAAUAAAUAUGCCAUACCUUAGAUUUUGUAUGUCCAAUAAUGUUUAAUAUAGUUGGGGAGCAAUGAGCUCCCCUGCAUAUUUCAUAAUGUUUUUUUUAUAUCUCUUCAAGCUUUAUUUACUUAUGGAGGAGAGGUUUUGCUAUUUGCUUGCAUUUGCUUUAAAAUGGCAUAGUCUGUAUAUUCCAAGAUCAACUUCACUCCUUCAGUUAAAUAGUGUUAAUAUUGUUAAUAAAAUAUACGAAACAUAUAACAUCACAUUUAAAUAGAUAGAGAAUAUUAACUUGUGCUAAAGUAACUGCAAUACUCGUUCACCUGGUGUUCACUCUGACAUUAUGAAAAGUGUGACUAUUAAAGUGCAUUAUGUUCCUUAUAUGCAUUAUGUUCCUUAUAUGCAUUAUGUUCCUUAUAUGUAACAUUGCCUUUAAAAGCUGCUUGGUCUCC